UCGCCCGGGCAGCGGGCACACACUCUCGGUUCUCUCCCGUGCCCCUCGCGUGCGCUCUGUCGGUGUCUGGUAGCGACGGCUGUGCCGCCGCUGCCUCCCUACGCAGGUGCCUAGAUCUCCAUCUUCGGGACCUUCGCCGGCGACGAGCACCACUAGGUAGACCCAAAGCAAGGCGAGUUAGAGCACGCAUCCAUCAGUUUGCCCCCUUGGUACAGUCACAUUUAUAUUGAUAGUAUAAGCUCAAUAAGCGGCAUUGUUUGGUUUUGCUGGGGCAUGGCAAAAAACCGCUUGCCAUUUUGGACAACUGAGUAUUGUUGCUGUAAGCUUAUAUAAAGCCCUAAAAUACCUGUGUUUUUUUGACAAGCUUUUUUCCCUUUUCGUCCAUAUAUUGCUAUCCUCCAGAGCAGAAAUGGGGGAUGCAUGUUUCUCGACACAGCUGAUUGACGGUGAUGGGGUCUUCAAUGUUUCCGGAUUGGAUCAUUUCAUGAAGGAAGUUAAAUUGGGUGAAUGCGGGCUUUCAUAUGCUGUUGUAUCGAUAAUGGGCCCACAAAGUAGUGGGAAGAGUACACUAUUGAAUCAUCUUUUUGGCACGAAUUUUAGGGAGAUGGAUGCUUUCAAAGGAAGGUCACAAACUACCAAAGGUAUAUGGUUAGCGAAGGCCCAAAACAUUGAACCUUGCACCCUUGUAAUGGAUUUGGAAGGAACUGAUGGAAGAGAGAGGGGAGAGGAUGACACAGCCUUUGAGAAGCAAAGUGCGUUGUUUGCUUUGGCUGUUUCGGACAUUGUGCUUAUCAAUAUGUGGUGUCAUGACAUUGGCAGAGAACAGGCUGCAAACAAACCUCUUUUGAAGACCGUUUUCCAGGUCAUGAUGAGGUUGUUCAGUCCACGUAAAACAACAUUAUUAUUUGUAAUUCGUGACAAAUCAAAGACACCUCUUGAAAAUCUUGAACCUAUUCUAAGGGAAGACAUUCAUAAGAUAUGGGAUACUGUUCCUAAACCCCAUGCCCAUAAAGAAACUCCACUCAGUGAAUUUUUCAAUGUAGAAGUUGUGGCUUUAUCCAGUUAUGAGGAAAAAGAAGAGUUAUUCAAGGAGCAGGUUUCCAAUUUAAGAGAUAGAUUUCAGCAUUCCAUUGCUCCUGGUGGACUUGCUGGAGAUCGCCGCGGUGUUGUCCCAGCUUCAGGUUUUUCUUUUAGUUCACAGCAGUUUUGGAAGGUCAUUAAGGAGAACAAAGACCUUGAUCUACCCGCUCAUAAAGUUAUGGUGGCUACUGUACGUUGUGAGGAAAUUGGUAAUGAGAAACUUGCCAGUUUUACAGCUGAUGAGGAAUGGCAACAAGUUGAAGAGGCUGUUCAACAUGGCUAUGUACCUGGGUUUGGGAAUAAACUCAGCAGCCUUCUUGACAGAUGUUUAUCUGAGUAUGACAUGGAGGCUAUAUAUUUUGAUGAUGGUGUCAGAACCUCAAAAAGACAACAACUUGAGUCUAAACUCUUGCAGCUUGUCAAUCCUGCAUACCAAUCGCUUCUGGGUCAUUUACGGACUAGAAUUGUGGAAGAAUUUAAGGAGUCCUUUGACAAGGCCCUCACAAAGGAGGGAUUUGCUGUUGCAGCUCGUGAUUGUACUCAUACUUUCAUAGAAAAGUUCGAUAAAGGAUCUGAAGAUGCUGCUAUUCAACAAGUGAAAUGGGACCCCUCAAAAGUUAAGGAUAAGCUUAAGUGUGACAUUGAAGCACAUGUGGCUUCAGUUCGUGCAGCAAAGUUAUCUGAACUUUGUGCCAAAUAUGAGGCACAACUUACGAAAGCUCUGGCAGAACCUGUUGAAGCCCUGCUAGAUUCAGCCUGUGAAGAUACCUGGCCAGCCAUUAGAAAGCUGCUCCAACGUGAGACAAAAGCUGCUAUUUCAGGUCUUGAAUCUGCUCUUUCAGCUUUUGAACUCGAUGAAGCAACUGAGAAGGAAUUGCUUGUGAAACUGGAAAACCACGGAAGGAGUGUUGUGGAAUCAAAAGCAAAAGAAGAGGCUGGAAGGGUCUUGAUUCGUAUGAAGGACAGGUUCUCAACUCUAUUCAGUCGUGAUGCUGACUCAAUGCCAAGGGUGUGGACAGGAAAGGAGGACAUAAAAGCAAUUACUAAAACUGCACGUUCAGCUUCCAUGAAAUUGCUUGCUACACUGGCUGCAAUUCGGUUGGAUGAGGAUGGUGACGACAUAGAAAACACUCUCAACCUUGCUCUUGUUGAUACUUCAAGACCUGGAACUACUGAUAGAAGUAUUCAAUCAUUUGAUCCACUUGCCUCCAGUUCGUGGGAAAAGGUUCCUGAGGAGAAAACUUUAAUUAGCCCUGUCCAGUGCAAAUCUUUGUGGAGGCAAUUUAAAGCUGAAACAGAAUAUACAGUCACUCAGGCCAUAGCUGCUCAGGAAGCAAAUAAGAGGAACAACAACUGGCUACCACCUCCCUGGGCCCUUGCCGCAAUGGCUAUCCUCGGAUUCAACGAAUUUAUGACAUUGCUGAGGAAUCCCCUGUACCUGGCUGUUAUAUUUGUCAUCUUCCUUGUUGGGAAGGCCAUUUGGGUACAGUUAGACAUUGCCAGUGAAUUCCAAAAUGGCUUUCUCCCAGCCAUUCUUUCGCUGUCCACAAAGUUUGUUCCCACUAUAAUGAACAUUUUGAAGAGAUUAGCAGACGAGGGGCAAAGACCUGCAGCCUCAGACAGGCAACGAGAGAUGGAGCUCCAACCAACGAAUCGUUCAUCGUACAGCAGUGUGACAUCUGCAGGGUCGUCCAGCAUAACUGCCACAGAGAAUGGAUCCGAAUAGUCAAGCCCAGUGGCAAAAUGAUUUCUUACAUCUGUGCUUUUUGGGUGAAUGUCGAUCGUAGCAGCUGAGGCAGCAGAUGGAAUUUGAACCUGCUAGUUCCUAGACCCCUGAAUGGCAGGUAGAUUCGGUUGGUAAGCUCAAAUGAACCGGGUGUAUAUUUAAGGAAUUUUGGGGCCGAGAGUUGUUUGUAGAACAUUGUAACAUAACUUCGUUUCGUUUUGCAGUAACAUGUCUAUAUGAUGGUUGUAUAGAAGUUAGAGGCCAGGACCAGGAGGUAGGAGGCGGGGGCAUCCGGAUACUACAAUAUGUAUACUCGGUCCAUAUAGUUGCCAGAAAUGUGUAGAUGUGUCAAAACUCAAAACUAUAUCAGCUUGCUUUGGAGAAUUUGCGGUUGUUACCAUUUUUUUUUUCUUCAGAAA